ACCAUUUCAAAUCUGCAUCCACGCUCUUCUUACUUACUUUACCAAGUCAAUUGCUCUUGAGCUCCAUUCCACAUAGAGAAUUGCGAGUUUGCUGCUCCAUCAGAUCCACCGACGAACCCCCGCAAAACAACCACCACCACCAAACGUAGCUCCACAUAACCCUCCCAAACUACCACCAUCAUGUCCCCCAUCCGUGCAUUUGCGACCCGUCGCGCUCCCUUUGUCUUUGUCCAGCGUGCAGCUUUCUCCCAGUCAAUAGCUCGCCCUGUUGGCAAGGAAUCUGCUCUCCAUCACGAGGGUCGCGCUGAGGAGGUCGAGAAGAAGAAGCAGGAGCACCUGAGGAAGCAGAAGGAGGGAAAGGGAGAAUGGGAGGAGCAACUCGCCAGUGAUAGCGAGAGCGCUGUCAAAGCGGAUCGAUCCGAGACAGGAAAGGACAUCAAGGAGCAAAUCAAGAAGCUACAGGAGGAGGCAAAGAAGGUUUAAGCCGGUACCCAUCAAGUCUCACAACGGACUAGGGGGAACUACCGGAGUUCUUCGCGAACUUAAGCCGCCACAACAAUGUCGUCUAAGCUUUGUUUCGAAAUACAAAAAGCAAAAGCAGACAUGGCAACCCAUGAUCUGCGAUGGGGAACGGGGUAUAGGGACUAGGGCAUUAUAGUAUGUAGAAAGUUUAAUGUAUUCAUGGUAGAUGUGA